CAUCUACCUAAGCAACAAACCAAGAAUAUUAAACAACCCAGAAUAUGGCAAUCUUCACUCUGGCUACCGGGAAUCGUCUCAAGCCGCGUAUCUUUCAUUUACCAAACACCAUCAACCGGACCCUGCCAAGAACCCUCCCAUCCUUAGUUGCGGGGCGGCUCAUCCGAAAUAUCCACUCUCCCUCAGCGCAUACCACCACACCAUCCCUCCACCCCAAGGGCAACAAACAACCACUUCAUCACCCUACGAGAUCAUUCCAUGCAUAUCAAACAGCAAUAAACAUAGACCUCGGCCCACCCCCGCGAGAAUCCAAGCGUACCCCCUGGGUCCCCUUCACCUGCAACGACGCCGACGUGAUCGAGCGCAACAUGCGCAACGACGGGUUUCGCACGUGGGGCCUCGUGCUCUACCGAUGCACCUAUGCAAGUGACGCGGACUGGACCGAAUUCAUGUCCCGCUUUCGCCACCAAGUCCGGUCUGAACUCGAAUCCCACGACGGUUUGGACCUGCUGGACUCGUUCGCGCUCACCGUCGUCGACGACCGACGCUUCGACGGGGCCACCCCAGACACCGUCCGCACCCAUUUCAAUGAAUGGGCGGCCCGCGCAUGCGUCACCGAGCAAGGCGUCCCGUUCUCGCGGGCCCAAUGGUCCAGAACAGCUCGGUACGGACUGUUUAUCAUGGUGAAUGAGGAGGCAAUGCGGUCGGUUCUGGAUAUUCCCCCGGAGGAUCUCGAUGGGUAUAAUCAGACUGGGUUUGUGAUUCUGGUGAACGGGCGGCGGGAUGCGGAGCGGUGGGACGGAGAGGAUGCGGAGCCGCUCGAGGAUGAUUUCGAGCCUUUGUAUGGGUGUACAGAGGAGGAUGUAGGGUGGAUGAGGGUCAGGUACGGGGAAGCGCAGGUUACGGGGUCGGCGCGUAUGGAAUCUGGGUUCAACUGGGAAAGGGAGUAUCGGCGGCCUCCGGAGAUUGGGUUCCAGUGAUUUGGGAGGGAUAGAAGGAAGAUUAGACUCUCUCAAAAUCACCCAAGUGGACCAUCAAGAUAUAGUUGUUAUUCGGUAUCAUAUUGUCCGGCUAUGAUUAGGUGAUCAGCGUGACGCUUUUAGUUAAACUAGGUAGCUAGGAAUGGAGUAGACAUGGCACCAGG